UGAGUGAAGGUUUUACAAAUGCAGAAGUAGUCUCAAUUGUUAAUAAUUCAACAUUACAAGCAAUCCGUAAAAAUGAAUUUGUGCACACAAAUGAAUCCUUAAAUGAAGGGUUAAACAGUAUUUUCCAACUUCGUUGGAACCAAACAGUGUCAAAAGCUGCGGACGAAGGUUUCUUUAAUGAACUUCAUUUAAGUGAAGUAAUCAACUCAAAUAAAUUAACAGUUGAUUAUACAAUGAAUGAAAAAGAACGACCUUUUAAAACAAAAUGCAUGCAUUUAUUAACAACGGUAAAAAAUUGGUCACCAAAGAACAAUCCAACGGAAAUCAGUAGUCUUAGAAUGCAAAACAUUGGGAUGAGUAUUCAAACACAGCCAGUUGACUAUUCACAAGAAUUAAUUGUGGAAUUACUCGAUUUUAUGGCUGAAGGUGCAUUUAUUCGCCAAUUACGUCGUUGUAGUCCAGCAAAUACGUUUGUCACACAAACUUCAUAUUCUGGGCAACUCGGAGAGCGACUUAAUAAAACAUUUUUAAAAGGGUGCUUAAACUACCGAAUGGAAAAUACACUUGCACUCAUUGAAAACCCUACUCAAGGGCUUAAAACAUUAUCCGGAACAAUUAGUUGGGAAGCUUUAAACAAAACUGCUUUAAAGGAUUUACAACAACGUACUGCACUCUUUACCAGUUGGUAUAAGAGUCGAAUGUUCUGCCAACUUAAACCAGACCAACGUAGUUUAACGAAUCGUUACGGGUAUAAUCCAAAUUAUCAGCAAACUGGGUCAAGUUCCAUGAACCGAUUUAAAGAUCGUAUUAAAGCCCGAUUACGCGAAUCUACUCACCAAGCACACCCGCUUUAUGCAAUGUCUGGUUCAAUCCGUGGAACCUUUGGAAGCCGUGGGUAUGAAACACGACUUCAACGUCCGCUGACUGGUCCUGUAACACAAAUGAGUCAGGAAUUUUUAAAUAUUCAGUUUAAGUAA